AUGAAGUUAUGGAGGAAUCUAGGUCGGUUGGUAUCUCAUGGUGUGGUUCUAAGCUCAGAUCAUUGCCCUCUAAUCAUCAAUACUGAUCCAAAGAGAUACAUAUGCAAAAAACUCUUCAGAUUUGAGGCUUAUUGGGCUAAGGAUGAUGAGAGUUAUGAUCAUAAAGACCAUUUGGAGGUGCAGCAGCUCAUUCCUCAACUUGAGAUUGUGCAAGAGACCUGGGAGGACAAUAUCAGAGAGAUCCAACAUCUCACAGCAAAGAUCAAUGACCUGUUGGAGAAUGAGGAAUCCUACUGGAAACAACGCUCUCGCAUAAAAUGGCUCAUGGAAGGUGAUGCCAAUACAGAUUUUUUUCAUCAAACAAAUAUCCAAAGAAGGCGCAUGAAUCGCAUACACCGGAUAAAAAACAGCGAUGGCCUUUGGGUGGAGACUCCAAUCUUGGUCAGACAGGUGGUGGAAAAGUAUUUCAAAGACCUUUUCACCUCAUGA